ACAUGUGGCUGCUUGCUACAGUGAUGCAGAUCGGUCUGAAUCUAUGCGUCUGCAUGUGUUAUUGCAGUUGAUGCUAACGCUAUGAACCUCCUUUUAAUAGGUUCAGAUUAUGCAUAUUAUAUUUGGAUAGAAGUCUCAUAUUGAAGGUCAAAAUGAGAUGCAAUGCGUGCUGGCGAGAAUUGGAAGGGCGAGCUGUUUCUACUACUUGUGGUCACCUCUUAUGUACUGAAGAUGCAAGCAAGAUCCUUAAUAGUGAUGCAGCAUGUCCAAUCUGUGAUCAAGUGCUUUCUGAGAGCCUUAUGAAACCUGUGGAGAUCAAUCCAAAUGACGAAUGGAUAAAUAUGGCAAUGGCUGGAAUAUCUCCACAGAUAUUGAUGAUAAGUGCAUACAGAAGCGUGAUGUUUUAUAUUGGGCAAAGGGAACUUGAGAUGCAAUACAAGAUGAAUAGAGUUGUAGCUCAGUGCCGGCAGAAAUGUGAAUCCAUGCAAGAAAAGUUUACAGAAAAACUGGAGCAGCUGCAUACUGCAUAUCAGAAAAUAGCCAAAAGGUGUCAGAUGAUGGAACAAGAGAUUGAUAGUUUGUCAAAGGAUAAGCAAGAGCUCGAGGAAAAAUUUUCAGAGAAAUCCAGGCAGAAGAGGAAACUUGAUGAAAUGUACGAUCAGUUGAGGAAUGAGUACGAUUCAAUGAAAAGAUCAGCCAUCCAACCGGCAAACAAUUUCUUUUCAAGAAAUGAGCCUGAUUUGUUCUCAAACCAUGCUGCUACCAUGAUGGAUAACAGAAACCCUAUCUGGAAAGUUGACCUAAUUCCUGCAGAUUGGACGGUUUCCACUCCUCCAACUCCAGGGCCUCGGGAGGAUAUAUGGCCAGCAAGACAGAACAGCCCUAAUUCUAGUCCUUUUGACAUCUCUGAUGGCUCACCAGCAAAACAAGCAGCCAUGCGAGUUGAUUUUGGAAAUAGAAGACCUGGUGCUGUCCAUGCCUUUGGAGCUGGAUCUGGCAACCCCUCAAUGACGUUAAGGAACUUGAUUCUAUCCCCGAUAAAGCGCCCUCAGCUUUCUCGUAGCCGCCCUCAAAUGUUCACUUUGUAGCCUACAAGGCAAGGCGUGCAGUUUACCCGGACUAGUCUGGUAUAGUUGGUUCUGGUAUAGCUGUGAGAUUCCUAUGCCUUUUCUUGUUUUUCUUUCAUGUUUUUCAGUUAAAAAAGAACAAAAAAAAAAAAGGAUAGGAGAAACGGGAUGAUGCAACACAAACAAGAAAGCGUAAUCCUGAUAUCAUGAAAGUGUAGAUUUUAGGUUCCUUUGCUUACUUGUGAUCUACCUCAGGUUUAGUGACUAGCAACAGACAUCGUGCAAGUGUA